GAAGUGGAUGCAACACCAGCUACGACCUGUGCUCGUCUCACCCGUGUGUCCACGCCCAGAGCUGUCAAUCAUCGCCUGGCCAGUUCACUUGCCACUGCAUGCCAGGUUUUACAGGUGCAGUCUGUGAUGUGGUCCUGGACUUGUGUGCCGGCUCCAGCUGCAGCCAGAUCUCUACCUGUAUCCCAGCUCCCACAGCUCAGCUCGGCUACCUGUGCAAAUGUCCUGGCGGUUGGUCGGGUGUCUUUUGUAAUGAGA